AACCUAAUUCGACUAAAAGUCUACUAACUCCGGCCCGUUCAUUUGAUGUUGCUUGCCCCACAUCGACCCAUCCCAACAACCUAAAUCAAACCAGGUGACCCUCUUCUUCUCCACUUCAAAGUCAGCAACACGGCCCACGCAAGCUGUGAGGGUUGACAACCUCACGUUCGCGAAAAGGAAGAAACCUUCGCCGCCAAUCUCCACCUUUGUCCGCUUCUUCCUCGACGCCGAGCGAUCCCACCGGUGGCUAACGGCGACCAGGAAUCCGCGAUGCCCCGGACCCGGGUCUCGUCCGACGCCUCCGUGGCUAGAGUGGUCGCCAAUCUCGACGUCACUCCUUUAUUUCUUCCACCCGAUGUCGCUAGUGGUAGAAACGCCGAUCGCCGCGCCUUCUGCCCGUCGUGCGCUAUCAACGAAGAAAUUCGGUUGACCCACGCCAGCUCGGGUUCGUAUUUGAGGCGGGUCUCCGCCUUUUUGUCAGCCGCCAUUGGUGUCUCCAUCUACGGCGAAGAGUCCUCCAGCAGCUCCGCCCUCGAUCUUGUUCCUCCUUCGCCUGGAACCGCAACAGAAACUGUAGCUAAUCUCCGCGUUCCUCGCGCGAUUCGGAGGUCCAGCGAUGGCUUCUUCUCCCCUCUCGUCAGCACCUCGAUUGGAGCCGCCGACGAACACCGUGCCUCCUGCGCUGUUGGCUGCUCCAGAGACACACCCAAGCAGCCCAUCACCGCCUCCUCCACCUUCGUCAACUUCUCUUUCUUCCUGUACCACUAGUUUGUACUGCGUCUCGGUGACGAUCUUUUCUCCGGAUGUUCAGCUUGGAAU